CAAUGGUCCGUCCAAUCAGCUGCUGGAAUUUACUUAUGAGAAAAGAGGCUUGCCUCAGUUGAUGGAGGAGACGGGGCGGAUUCUUUCUAACUUGUGCAACGUUGUUCCAGGAGGUGUGGUGUGUUUCUUCCCUUCCUAUGACUAUGAAAAACAGGUAUACUUGCACUGGGAAAAGACCGGAUUGCUUGCCCGGCUGGCGACUAAGAAAAAGAUAUUUCAGGAACCCAAGAAGGCUAACCAGGUGGAGCAGGUCUUGGCAGAAUACGCCAAGUGUAUCAAGCGCUGCAACCUAACAGAUGGACCCAUGACAGGAGCGCUGCUGUUUUCUGUAGUCGGUGGGAAAAUGAGCGAAGGAAUUAAUUUUUCGGAUGACCUGGGAAGGUGUGUAAUUAUGGUAGGCAUGCCCUACCCCAACAUAAAAUCUCCAGAACUUCAGGAGAAAAUGGCUUACUUGGAUAAAACAAUG